AUGCGGAUUGGCAACUAUGGUAUCAGUCAAGCGGCGAGCACAUACUCUGUUUUGCACCCUGGAACGUGUUACAUUGAAAGGUUUAAAUCGCCUGAAUUGCGUGUGCGCUCGGUCGGGAUCCGGUUAGGUAAAUCCGAUUUUCCCGCCUGCUGGAACAGUGGGUUGCAGAUGAUUAAGGGGCACGGAUAUCUCGCACUCGGUAGUUUGGAUGGAAUCAGCAACAGAAACAUUCACCCUGGGCACGUCUUUCAAGUGAGAAAUUCAUGUUUCCUGCAGAUGUUCCUCGGGCACUGUGAUAGCAAUUGGUGGAAGGUUGCCAGGGUAUAUCUAAUGCGGGUCCCUUACUGUUUCCAUCUUGCUUGCAUGAUUGUACAUAUGCAAUGGGCAAAGUUAUAA